AAUUUUGACCAAUAAAAUGAUCCCUUGCCAACAACCACCAACUCUUCUUAAUUUUCUUUAUAGCUGCUGAAAAAUCCUUGGGACAGAAAAAGAAAACAAAUCUCUGUCCCCUAUGAAAUGGUAAUAAAUCUCCUUUUCAAAUAUAUGAAGCCAUGAGAAUCCCACACUGCUGUCUAUACUCCUAAGAGAGCAAGUAAAUGCAAGUAGGAAAUUAGAGUGAUCACCAGUUCCUUGAACUCCUUUAGAUCUCCUCAAAGCUCACUCCUUUCUCCAGUUUCCACUGACUUUGGGCUACCGAGAUGAUGUUGGCGAAGUCAACUCCUGUAAACCCAUCAAAGACAUCAUCUUUGGCCACCUCCAUCCACCCUCAGCUCUGCAAUGGCGGAACCCGGCGGGCCCACCAGGUGGAGCUCCGCCGCCGGCGACCCACGGUCCAGGCCGUGCUCAGCCGGGACGGCAAGAGUGUCAGCCCGCUACCCUCGCAGUCUGUGGCCCCCGGCGGACCCCAGAGGCCUCCGUCGCCGGCCGAAGCGAUUGACGUGAGGGUGGUGCUCACCGUGAGGAACAAGCUGAAAGAGAAGCUGGUGGACAAGAUCGAGAACCGAUGGGAGUACUUCAUCAAUGGGAUCGGGCAGGGGAUCGUGGUCCAGCUCGUUAGCGAGGAGAUCGAUCCCGCCACUAAAUCAGGGAAGAGAAGUGCAGAGGCUGCUGUUAGGGGUUGGUUGCCAAAACCAUCAAAUCACCCGUCUAUUUUUGAGUAUGCUGCCAACCUCACUGUUCAGCCUGGUUUUGGCCGUCCUGGGGCCAUUAUCAUCACAAAUCGACAAAACAAGGAGUUCUACCUUAUGGAGAUUGUGGUUCAUAGUGGUGCUGAUGGCACUAUUUUAUUCCCCGCAAAUUCAUGGAUCCAUUCUUGCAACGUUAACCCACAAAGCAGAGUUAUAUUCAGCAAUCGGGCAUACUUACCCUUGCAAACUCCAGCUGGUCUCAAAGACCUUCGCCAGGAUGUCUUGGUAAGCCGUUGUGGUAAUGGGAAAGGCGAGCGGAAGAAAUUUGAUGUGAUAUAUGAUUAUGCCCCUUAUAAUGACCUGGGUAAUCCUGAUAAGGAUGUGGAUCUAGCUAGACCAGUGCUGGGUGGUGAGGAGAGGCCAUAUCCAAGACGAUGUCGUACUGGCAGACCACCGAUGAAAUCAGAUCCUGGUGCAGAGAGUAGGGUGGAGAAGCCCCAUCCUGUAUAUGUUCCCAGGGAUGAAACCUUCGAGGAAGUCAAGCAAAGCACAUUUUCCUCUGGAGCUCUUAAAGCAUUGUUUCACAAUCUCAUACCAGCUUUGAGGGCUGCACUCUCAAGUUCAGACACCCACUUUGGGUGCUUUUCUGACAUUGACAGGCUAUACAAAGAUGGGGUGCUAUUGAAGCAUGAGGUACAUGAAAUUACUGAGGGGCUGAUGCUUCCUUCGAUGCUGAAAGGUUUAGUGAACAUGGGUGAAAGGCUGAUGAAAUACGACCUCCCAUCAAUUAUAUCAAGAGACAGGUUUUCUUGGCUGCGUGACAAUGAGUUUGCCCGCCAGACACUUGCUGGUGUCAAUCCUGUAGAUAUCCAAAGAUUGAGAGAGUUUCCAAUUCUCAGCAAGUUGGAUCCUGCAGUUUAUGGCUCUCCAGAAUCCGCAAUAACUAAGGAAUGCUUAGAGCAUGAAUUAAAUGGAAUGAGCCUUGAAGAGGCAAUUGAAAAUCAUAGACUGUUUAUGCUUGACUAUCAUGACCUCCUUUUACCUUACGUAAAAAAGAUCAACUCCUUGAAAGGAAGGAAAACUUAUGCUUCAAGGACAAUUUUCUUUCACACCCGUAAUGGCAUCCUUAGACCAAUUGCCAUUGAACUUAGUUUGCCACCUACCCCUUCUAGUCCUUCAUGGAAAAGGGUCUACACUCAUGGACACGAUGCAACAACAAGCUGGAUUUGGAAACUGGCCAAAGCUCAUGUUUGUGCAAAUGAUGCCGGUGUUCAUCAAUUAGUUAAUCAUUGGUUAAGAACUCAUGCUUGCAUGGAACCAUACAUCAUUGCUACUCAUAGACAGCUUAGUCCAAUGCACCCAAUUUUCAAGCUGCUGCAUCCACAUAUGCGAUACACAAUGGAAAUAAAUGCACUGGCACGCCAAAGCUUGAUUAAUGGAGGCGGCAUUAUUGAGAGUUGUUUUAGCCCUGGAAAGUACUCAAUGGAGCUGAGUUCAGUUGCAUACAAAAAUCUGUGGCAAUUUGAUUUGGAAGCUCUGCCAGCUGACCUCAUCCGGAGGGGUAUGGCAGUGGAGGAUCCUUCGAUGCCUUGUGGAGUAAAACUUGUUUUAGAGGACUACCCUUAUGCUGCAGAUAGUCUUCUUGUAUGGUCAGCCAUAGAAGAGUGGGUCCGGGAUUAUGUUACUCAUUUCUAUGCUGAUGCCAAUAAUGUAGCCUCUGAUGUUGAGCUCCAGGCUUGGUGGGAUGAGAUAAAGAACAAAGGACACCCGGACAAGAGAAAUGAACCAUGGUGGCCUAGCCUAAACACCAAGGAGGACUUGAUCAAUAUACUGACAACUAUGAUAUGGACUGCAUCUGGACAACAUGCUGCCAUAAACUUCGGCCAGUACCCCUUCGGAGGAUAUAUGCCGAAUCGCCCAACAUUGAUGAAGAAGCUCAUUCCCCAGGAAGACGAGCCUGAGUAUGAGAACUUCCUACUAAAUCCUCAACACACAUUCCUGUCUUCUGUACCAUCUCAACUUCAAGCUACACAAAUAAUGGCUGUUCAAGACACCUUAUCGACACACUCUCCUGAUGAGGAGUACCUUGGCCAGUUGCAUGAGUCGCAUGCUCAUUGGAUCGAUGACUGGCAUAUCUUGAACUCGUAUGAGAAGUUCUCUGCAAGAUUGGAAGAAAUAGAGCAGAUAAUCAAUAAGAGAAACAAAAACUUCCAUCUCAAGAACAGGAGUGGAGCAGGUGUUCCUCCGUAUGAACUUCUUCUUCCCUCCUCAGGCCCAGGAGUCACAGGGCGCGGGAUUCCAAAUAGCAUAUCAAUAUAAGCAUGGCUUGGUUUGAAUUCUUGAGCAAGUGUAUGUUGGAACACCUGGAUCAUUCAUUUAGAGUAUUAUCUGAGGCUAUUAACCUUAUAUGUAACUGGAGUUUCUCAUUUCUGUAUGCAUUCACUGUGCUCUUUUGUCAAUAUCAGUGAACUUGAAACAAGUAUAGGUGAAGUCUCUUGGUGCUGA